GCGCGCCGCCCGCAGUCCCGCUCCGACACUCGCGCCGAGAGCAGCGCACCGCGUGUCCGCUCUACAACGAUCGCACUCUUUUUUUAUUUACACCAUCUUCUAAAGUGGUCGUAUAUCUGACGUGACGGUUCAGUGAACUUGCACUUCACAAGUUGUUUUAGUUAAAACUUAUCAAGUUAACGAGUGACUUUAAAACUUUUUGAAUUCCACGUCUCGUUGAGUGACUUUUGUAACUUUUGAAUCGGAUUCAAAUACGAAAAUCGGAAUCGCCAACAAUCGCGCUACCGUAACCGAAGCUCGUGUCGCGGCCAAUUAAUUAGUGGAGCAUACCUAAUUAACACUAAAGUGGGUUAAACUAUCGACGGAAGUAAUCGGGUUCCCAGCGUGUGCGGAAUGUGCUUGCGGAAGAGAAGCGGCGCUCGCGUGACAGAGUUACGUGAAGUGAGCAUGUCUGGGCGGUGACGGGCGGCGGCGAGCUGGGUGCGGGCGGCGCGGCGGCGGCGGCGGUGGCGGCGCGGUGGGCGCUGGAUGCGGCAGGCGGCGGCGCGGGCCCCGCCGGCGCAGCGCUGGCGAUGACGGUGCAGCGCGAGGAGCGCGAGGCGCGCGCGCCGCGGACCAGGUUCAUGAUCACGGACAUCCUGGACGCGGCGCCGCGGGACCUCAGCGCGCACCGCGACUCCGACUCCGACCGCUCCGGGACCGACUCACCAGGAGUGAAGGACGACUCGGACGAGGUGUCCAGCAAGGGCUGCGGCAGCGACGCCUCGGGCCUGGCCAAGAAACAGCGCAAGGCGCGGACGGCCUUCACGGACCACCAGCUCCAGACCCUGGAGAAGUCCUUCGAGAGACAGAAGUACCUGAGCGUGCAGGACCGCAUGGAGCUGGCCGCCAAGCUGGGGCUGACGGAUACGCAGGUCAAGACCUGGUACCAGAAUAGGAGAACGAAAUGGAAGCGUCAGACAGCAGUGGGCCUGGAACUCCUCGCCGAGGCGGGCAACUACGCGGCGUUCCAGCGGCUGUACGGGGGCUACUGGGCGGGCGUGCCGGCCUACCCCGCGCAGCCCGCGCCCGGCGCCGCUGACCUGUACUACCGGCAGGCCGCCGCCAACGCCGCCGCCGCUGCUUCUGCCAAUACGCUGCAGAAACCGCUGCCGUAUAGAUUAUACCCGGGCGCCCCUAUGGGCGGCGUGCCCCCGCUGGGGCUGGGGCUGCCGGGCCCGUCGGCGCACCUGGGCGGGCUGGGCGCGCCGGCGCUGGGCGCGCUGGGGUACUACGCGCAGGCGCGGCGCUCGCCCUCGCCCGACCUGGACCCCGGCAGCCCCGCGCCCCCGCGCUCGCCCGACCCCGCGCCCGACCGACGCACCGACGAUGAAGAUGACGAUGAAACCAUCCACGUCUAACCGCACUGCUCAAGAGCUGAGACACCUGACUUUUCAAGGGAAGCGCACUGCUCCACUAAAGCUGAGGAAAAUAUUGUUUACUGAUGAUGAGGUUCCUGGACGGCGGGCGACGGACUUGUUAAUACAUACAGGGCAAAGACUAUUGGCUGUAGAUUUAUUGUGAAGUGACUAUAUUAACACAGAACUUACAGUGGUAAAUACGGACAAAAUACGGCUGAAAACUUUAAAAAACAAGUGAAUGUGAUUUUAACCUCUGACGCCAUUAUCUGAGUUACCUCUCUUGUAUUGUUCGAUGAACUAACGAACUCCAGUGACUUGUAGCUCUUUGUGGAGACUCAUGUGGACUAUGUUGUACAGAACUAGCGGCCGACAAUGUCUCCUGUAUGCUUUGGGACGAUUUGUUCAAGACGGACACUGUCCAAAAUAUGUGAUAUUAUAAGCCGUUUACUUUUAAGAAUAAAAUAUGUAUAUUAUAAUUAAUAUGAUUGUCGUGUAAUUAAAUUAGAGAAAUAGAUAAUAUUAUAAUGCUUGGUAAGAUAAAUAAUGAUUAGGAUCUAUUAAAGAAAAUGUUACUUAUGUAGAAGUUAUGUCAUCUAAACGGUGUCAUAUAAAACAAUAAUUUAUUUCACUUGAAAAUACU